AUGUCGUCGCUUCCAAGCCUCCAAAAUUCUCACUCUAUAUCUUACCUCUCGCAACGAGAAGCUGCCGAGAUUGACGAGACUCUCAUGGGCCCUUUUCGCUUUAGCGUUGAUCAUCUUAUGGGAUUGGCUGGUUUGAGCAUCGCAACAUCCAUAGCUGAGGUUUAUAAACCAAGUGAGUUUAAUCGCGUUCUUGCAAUUUGCGGUCCAGGGAACACAGGAGGUGAUGGUUUGGUAGCUGCUCAAUAUUUGCAUCACUUUGGAUACAAACCUUUUGUUUGUUAUCCAGAGCGUACGCCAGAGCCACUUUAUACUGGUCUGGUUACACAGCUUGAAACACUGUCAGUACCUCUCGUGUCAGUGGAAGAUUUGCCUUUGGACUUGUCCAAGGACUAUGAUAUUCUUGUAGAUGCAAUGUUCGGCUUCUCUUUUGAUGGCACCGCGAGGCCACCUUUUGAUGAUCUAAUUCAGAGACUGGUUCGUUUACAUAGUUAUGAUCAAACAGUACAAAAGCACCCAGUAAUUGUUUCUAUAGAUAUUCCGUCUGGAUGGCAUGUUGAAGAAGGAGAUACUGGUGGUGAAGGCAUUAAACCCGACAUGUUGGUUUCUUUAAUUGCCCCAAAGUUGUGUGCAAAGAAAUUUAGUGGCCCACACCACUUUCUAAGUGGUAGAUUUGUCCCUCCAGUUAUUGCAGAUAAAUAUAAGCUUCAGCUUCCACCGUACCCUGGCACUUCUACGUGUGUGCGAAUUGGAAAGCCUGCCCAAAUUGAUAUAUCAACUCUGAGAGCAAAUUAUAUAUCUCCAGAGUUACUUGAGGAGCAGGUGGAAUCUGAUCCCAUUGAUCAGUUUUGGAAAUGGUUUCGUGUUGCAGUGGCUGCCGGCUUGAAGCUACCAAAUGCUAUGGCCUUGUCAACUGCUAGCAAGGACGGAAAAAUCUCUUCAAGAAUGGUCUCAAUGAAAACAGUUGAUAAGAAUGGUUUUGUCUGGUAUACCAAUUAUGAAAGUCGGAAGGCGAAUGAUUUAUCUGAAAAUCCCCGUGCAGCUCUUCUUUUCUACUGGGGAGGUCUAAAUUGGCAGGUAAGAGUGGAAGGAUAUGUGAUAAAACUUUCUGAAGAGGAAUCUGAGGAGUACUUCCAUAGCCGUGACCGAGGAUGUCAGAUCGGAUCAUUAGUUAGCAAACAGAGUUCUGUGAUUCCUGGAAGGCAUGUUCUACAUCAGCAGUACAAAGAAUUAGAGGAUAAAUUCUCUGAUGGACGUUUAAUUCCAAAACCAAAACACUGGGGAGGAUACAGGCUUCGACCAGAGAUUUUCGAGUUUUGGCAAGCACAAACGUUUCGUUUGCAUGACAGGUUGCAAUAUUCUCCUCAAGAAGUAAAUGGAAAGCGAGUAUGGAUAAUCAACCGCUUGGCUGCCUGACUAGUAUUUC